ACUCGAUAAGGGGGCUAUUAUGGUCACCCAGCACAUAUGCUCACGAUACCAAACAAUAACACGCUACAAUAAUGGAGAAAUCAAAGAAGUCAAAGACACCCAAGAAAUCAAAGGAGAAGGCACUAGUUGUGAAACUAAUUAAAACACAGAGCAAACACAAAGAAGUCAGCCGCGUGCUGAAACUGAAGCAUGAAAUUCUGCUCAAAUCGGAAGUCUCCUAUUUAGAAUAUAUUGAAAUGCGCUCGGAACUGGAGCGCCUUAAUGCACUCAAGGAGACAUUUGCGCGCCGCCUGGAAAAAUUAAAACAAUUGGCUAAAUAGUUAAUUCAAUCAAUUCAACAAAUUUAUAUUUUUAAGCUUAACUAGAUUUAAAAAUAAAAUUUUACGCCGUCAGCUUGACGUUAGAUAAAGAAU